GGCCAGAGUUAUCUCAACUCACACAGCAUUCAUUGCAAUCAACAAAGAAAAAAAUGAGGCUGUUCAGGGCCCUAUGGUCAAGCGACGUAUUCCAUUCGCUGGUUUUAUGCAAGGGGGUGGAUUUUGUUCAGGAGCACCAGUGAUGAUGGCUUGUGCAAUGCCCAGACGUACGAUGUCCCCUCCAUGUCCACCCCAACCUACAGUGAUAUUUCAGUCAUAUUGUAAUUCUAACAUUGGUGAUCUGCAAUAUCCCUUUGUGAAAACUUCAUUCACUCCUGUUCACAUCAAAUCUGUUGAAAAGAAAAAAGAGAGAACUGACCCCUUGUUAAAUCUGGUUUCCCUUCAAAAUGCUGAUGGGUCUUGGAAUCUAGAGAAAGGAUUGAUGACUUUAUUUAGUAAGACAGAAAAGGAAGUGCUGCAGAAAAUGCCAGUAGAGAUAAAGGACAAGUCGGUUUGGGCAACAUUUCUGGCACUGCUUUGGCUGCACGGUUUUAAUUCACAUCAAAAGGAUGAGUGGGAAUUUGUGGCUCUAAAAGCAGUUUUCUGGAUUAAAGCACAGACAAGCUUAAAUCCUAAAUUGUGCCUACAAGCUGGAAAUGACUUGCUGGGAUGUCAGGUGGACCUGCAAACACUGGCCCUGUAACCCUAAGAUGCAAAACAUGAUUUUUGCAAACAAAUGUACAGUUGCAUUAUAUAUUAUGUUAAGAAUUUAGUGCUUCAAGGACUUGGCGUUCUAUUUCUGCUUCUUCCUGACUUGGCUAAAAGAAUCCAAGGAUUCCCACAAUAUCUGUUUCUGUAACAUCUUUAUAAAUGUAUGCAAAUAUUAGCAAAAUGGCUAAGGCUCUUAAUGAAUGUCUUUUUGUUUUGGUUUUUGCUUUGUUUUUUGAGUUCUCACAUAUAAACUCUUGUUUACAAAUCAAACUAUGCAUAUAAGGUAAAUCAUUUUGAUUAGCUUGGGUAAAAUAUUAUUGACCGUAACUGUGCAUUGAAAUAUUUUACCUCUAAUAACAGCAUGUUCCUCUUUGAGUGCUACUCUUUUUUGAUAUGAGAUUUUUAAAAAUCAGGUAUUUGGCAGUGAUCAGUGUAGUGCUCUUGAAAUAAAAUCACAUUUUCUCUCUAGAA